GUGGAAUCAGAUGUAUUGGUAAACAAAUUAUCGUUUAUAAUGAAUUGGUAAUUUACUAAUUAAUGGUCUCUCCAAAAUUUUUGUGAUAUAUUUGUCUUUAAGAAAGACAACAAGAAUACAGUUUAACAUAAAUGCUGAAGGCGUGAGACAUGUUCAAGUAUCUACAAGAUGUAUUAUUACACAGACUUUGGAGAGAGAAAUAUAUUAAUAAGAGUGAGGCCAAGAAAUCCAGAGGAACUCGUUUUGAUGUGACUAAGGGGAAAAUAUCUAUAAAUCCGAAGAUACUGGCACCUGCGGGAAAUGAGAGACAUGAUGUUGAGAAUUCUAAAGAGGUUAUGAAAAUAAAACGAACAUACGAUACGUUAAUGAAGAAGUUUGUAAAUCCAAAUUUAGAUUUGACUCCUUCAGGUAUGAAACCAUUUGAAUAUAGCAAAUUUCAAAACUUCAAAAGAAAAUACGAACUGUUAAAAUCUACACUCAACAGUGUGUUGGAUAAGAAGAGUACAAGGAAAUUACCUCCUUUACCUGACAGUAGAGAGUCUGGCCAAGGCGAAAACUCCUUAGUUCCUGAGGAGUUAUCCUUAGGAUGGACAGGACAGGUUUUAGACCGACGAGCGGGAAUUGCUAGAAUAGAAAUAGCUUCUCGUCCAAAAGAUAUUCAUUCUGCACCUGUUUCCUUCCUAGAAAUGGAAGAUGAGUACAGCAAAAAAUCAAAGCAAUCUAGCGACAUAACUAAAAGAACCUUUAAAGGUAUUAAUCAACGUAAACCAAAGAAACUUUCAAAACAUUUGAAUUCUGAAAAGCCAGUCGAUUUGGUUAAAGAGGCAGCAAAAUCACAUAUACUCAAGGUCUAUGAAAAGAAUCUGCAAAAACAAGAAACCGAAAAAGAAGAAAAGCAAACAGGCAUAUCUCAAAAUAUUGGUUCGUUUCAGGCUAAAGAAACUGGGACGUUUCAUACUAAGUUCCCAAAAUAUUUAGAAACAAAACAAGCUGUGAAUUUACAAAAGGAAGAAAAUUCAAAUGACAAAACUCUAUCCAUACCGUUAGAAUUCACUACAGGUAAUAAUGUUGAAACAUCUGUACAAACCUUUCAUGAUCACAAAGAGUAUAACAAAUUAGAGAAUUUAGGACAGCAUAAGAUUAAUCAGGUUAAUAGUAAGUUAUCAAACGCAACAGGUUUUAACUGUAAAGAGAACUGUACUGAUGGUGAUAAAUUAGUUCCCAAUAGAAGUAAGGGGUUUUCAAAUAUUGGAACUAUUCCAAGCUGUAACAUUUCAAAUGAGUCAAUAAACCAAGAAACCAUUGACCAUACAAAUAUGGAUGUAAAAGAAAAAAAUCCUCUAAAAUCUCUACAAAGUAUACCAUUAUUAAUCAAUACCAGUCACUCUACGAGUUCUUGUUUAAGAAUUCACAAGAAAGAACCAUCAAAAACGCCGGAUACUAAAGUUAAACCAGUAACUAUAAAUAAAAAUAAAUUACUAAUUAAAAAAUCUCCAAAAACACCAAACAAUGUUCAUAGUUACAACUCUAAUGUUAAUAAAGCCACUACAGAUAUUUAUUCCCCGUCUAAGAAUCAUUCAAAGAUUAAGGAAAUAAAAAGAAACUACAAAGAAUUAGAGAAAACUCAAAUAAAAGCUAAUAAUAAAACAUUCAUUGUAGAUAAACCUCAACCAAUAUCAGGUGGUAUAAUUAAAUAUUCAGUGAAAGACAGCAUUUCAGAUAGAUUGUUCAGAAGAAGCAAACAGAAGAUAAACUCUUUUUCUUAUAACGAGAUAAUUCCAAAUGAAAACAAUGGUAUCAAGAAACAAAUUGUAUCAGAUCAAUCCAGUACUAAAGUAAAAUCGCCGAAACCCCCAUCUUUAAGUUCUUCUUGUUCUAUUACACAUCGCAAAACGCCUGCAAUACAAGAUCACGUGCUAAAAAGAGAUUUACUGAACAAUCAAUACAAUGAAACAGUUUUAAUGGACGUGAAUAAAGUAAUUACCGAAAAGGAGAAAUUGAAUGAUGAAACGGUGUUACAACAUAAAAUUACACAAAACGUUAUCAUAAAUAAACUGGGAUUGAAGGGCUUGAAUGGGAUAACGGAAUAUAAAAAUGAAAAAGAAGACAGAGAUGUGAUUGACAAAAACAUGCAUAAGGGAAUUGAGAAACCUAAAGAAAAUGAACUUACGAAAAAUAAAUCAAUAAUUACCAAACAAAAAAUAAAUAAACAAGAUAUUCUGAUGGAUUCAAUAAGUCCAAGUGAAGGUUUAAGUAACAACAAAAAACACAAAACAACCACAACUACACUGAAAUCCCAACAAAAUCAAACAGAUGAGGUAAAGAGUUUUAACCUUCAAGUUCGAAAUGAAGAUAUUUAUGGACCUGUGGCUCUUAACAAAAAAGAAAACUAUAUAAAUUGUGUUGAAAAGUUAAAUGAAAAUAAAUUAAAAGGAAACAGUACCAUUUUGAAAUCUAUAUUACUUAACAAAACGACAAAACAUUCUGAAAAUGAUAGUUUGUAUUCGACUUUAUUAGAAAAACCUGAUUCAAAUAUAUAUAAGAGUAAUCUCUCAAAAAAUAUGCAAAAUAACUUGGAUCCUUAUCAGAAUAACCAGGAAUUUAAUACAUCAUCAAUUAAUAACAAUAAACCCGAAAUAAAAACUCCAAAUACUUUGAAAUCGACUCGAUCUGAUUUAAAACAAUUUAUGAUCCGAAAAGCUGCAUUAAAAAGUGACGAGUCAUUAGAUCAGGUUAAAAGAAAAAAUCUUUGCAAGCUGGGUAAAGAUAAAACAUAUUCAGAAAACUUAGAAAACACUAAUACAGUUGAUACAUCCUACAGGAAAAUUAAUAUUUUUAAAAAGAGUUGUGAGAGUUUGAGUCAAGUAGAUAAUCCUGAGACAACUAAACAUAAUUCAGUAAUGCCUUCCCUUAUCCAGGAACCGUUGGUGGCCAAAAGGAAGCUAAAUGAUCAUCUAACACCUAGUAAGAAAAAUAUAGUGGUAAACUCUCGUCAGAAUUCACCUGCUUCAGAAGGUAAAUCAGAUUUGUUAGGAAAAGCCAACAAAAAUAUUGUAAAGGAUAAUUCAGACACUAUUGAUAAAACAUCUAACGUUUUAAACUUUAUUGAUAUGACAAGUUUUGUCUCUAAACACGUUAAGUCAGAACAUGUUUUAAAUAUACCUGACUUGGAUUCAAGCAAAGGUCGUAAACUUCACAGCAGAAAACCCGAAUCACCUAAAGUAUUUUUAAAAAAGUAUGGUGAAAAUAAGCAGAUACACAAUCUUGCCGAACCAGACCUACGUUCGUUACGAUCCAUUCAAAUAGUGAAGAAAAAGAGUAAAAAUUCAAAAUUAGUCAGGGAGAAAUAUUCAAGGGUUUCAACAAACUCAGUAAAAGACAAUAAUCGACCUACUGCUCAACGAACUGAUGUAAUAAUUCCAUCCAAAAUGCACACCAGAAAUUAUUUUACAAUAGAAAAUAAAACUAACUUAGCUUUUAACUAUCUAUGGAAAAGAUAUGCAUCAACUUUAAAUAUUUCAAAUAAAACGAUAGUUACUGCUAAUUCAAAGAGGAACUCUCAAAUAAAAAACAACCAUGAUAUUCCUAAACAUUACCAUAAAAAGUCAAAAGCUUUGACUAAUACAAAAAAGGAAGGACAUAACAUUGAAAUCCAAGCCAAUAAAACAAAGAUUCAAAAUAAGGAUUUAUUGAAGAAAAAUGAAACAAUUAAGAAAAAACCAAUUACUAUUAAAAGCAUUCAAGACCCUGCUCUUAUAAAGUUGAAAGAGAUAAAAGGUGAUGGCGAUACUAAAACAAUUUCUCAUACUAAUUUGUUCAGACCUAAAAAUAAUUCGUUGCCUCUAAAUGGAUCUCAGUCAGUGAAUAAACAAUGUGAUAUUGAGAUUCUGUAUAAAAGGCAGCACAAAUACAAGGUAUAUUCAGAAGAUAAUCGAGGAAGGAAAAUUCAAACAGAAAUAAUACCAAAAUCAUCUUUUCAGUAUGAUAAUAAUAAUAAUUUUACAAAUUCACAAUGUAACAUUGCAUCUACUAACAGUAAACAUUCAUCACAGAAUAUCAAAACAAAUGUCCAGAGUGCAAGAGUAAAGAAGGUGCCAGCUCAAGAAAGGUUUGAAGUAAAGAAUGUAAGAUCGUCCAGCGAAAUUAGUCCUUCAUUAGGAAGAAAACGAACAGAAACAACUGCAUCCAUAGUUAAAGAUAACUUAAAAAGUCCGCAAUCUAGAAAUUUGUACAACCAUCGACAUAAAUCUUUCACAAAACUCCAACAAAUUCAAAGAAAAACUGAAGAACUACCAGCUAUUGAACAGAAGUUUAGUGAACGCCUAUUAAGUAAAUCACAGGCGCUCAGUGACGAAUUUAACAAAAAUUCUAAAAUACAAAUAACGUCUGCUAAAAGCGAUAGCAGCAUAAAAAAGAAAAUAAAUAAUUCCGAGUAUUCCGAAGCAAAUUCAAAAGAUUUACUCAAAUUAAAUCUUGGCCGAGAUGAAAAUAUUUCCAACAAGUCUUUGAAAUGGAAAUCAAAAAUUGCGAGAUUAAACGAUUGGACAGCAGAUGACAUUGCAGAAGAAAUAACAACAAGAAAGACACAACAAAUCGGAAAAAUACAAGCUAGGAAAAGAACUAGUAUUAAAUCAAACAUUUCCGAGAUCGAGCAAUCAGUUAAUACUGUUAAGCCUGGUAUCAGUAGAGGAAAUGCCCAUAAGAACAUGGAACAGAUUCCUAUCAACCAAAGUUACCAAAACGGAAGUAAAUACUUACUUGAAGAAACAACAAAUAACAAAAAGAUAUUCUUAUCCCCAGAGAAAAAUAGACCAAAUGAUUCAGAAACAAGAAUGAAGUUUGAUAAAAAAGAAGACGGUGCCACUUACAAAACAACAUUGCUUAGAAAUGAUGAAAAGAUAAUAAAUACUAGUACAGCAGCAAACAGCCAUUCAAGUUCAGAAAUUUCAACUAAAAUUAAAAUAAAUUCAAAUGACAAUAAUACUAAUGACUUUAUAGCCACACUUAAAAGCGAAGCGUGCAAAGAGCGGAGAACAAAUAUCGAUGAAAAAACCUCAACUGGAAGAAUACCUUUGAAUAUCACUGGCACGUCGAUUAAUAAAAAAAUAUUGAUCAAAAGGGGUGAAUUUAAACGUAAUAUAGAUAAUUUUAAGACCAAUAAUUUGGAAAAGAUAACUAUCAAACCUUCACAGCCCAAAGAAGAAAAGAAUGAUGCAUUUAAAGGCACUGUUAAUACGAAUAAUACCAUAUCUUCUCUUCAUGAUAAAAUGUCAACAGAAAAUAUUCAACCAAUCGAUAAAUCGAAUUUUAUGAACGAAAACAAGUUAAAAGCGAAAUCGAGUGAUCAAAUGAUAAAUAAAACUAGUCCAAGAAUAAUCACGUCACAAUCAAGCCAUAUUCUGGACACAUUAUUGAAACCUGUUAAUAAGAAAUCUGUAGAUAUUCCCUACCGCACACUUAAAAAUAAACAACUUGAAAUGUCGUUAUCAAAACCAAAGAAAGAGGAAUAUGAGUAUUUGAACAAAAUGGUUGAUUAUGAUAUGAAUAAACGUAGCAUAAAUCUCAGUAAAGGUUCUGAUGUGAAUAAAAAAAUCAUUAUAACUGAUAAUAGUAAUAAAUCUCUUUCAAGGAAUGCUCUAAAGAACUUUGAACCAAUCAAAGGUUAUAAGGAAACUCAAGAAAACAAUCAAACCAACACUAGAGGAAUAAUCGCUCCAAAUCUUAAGAAACCUGUACAAAACUCACCACGAGAUCAGUUGCAUUAUACUAUUAAGCCUAUCCUUCUAGAAGAAUCAAAACGAUUCUCAUUGACAAACGAUGAAAUAAGAAAACUGGGCAGUAAAGUAAGUAGUAGUGGUUAUAAAAAUCUAAUUAGCAGUAAAAUUAAUCGAAAUGUACAAAAGACGAUAAUGUAUCAAUCAGAGCGAAACUUAAAUGCCAAGCAUGCUUUAAAUAUUUACACGAAACAAAAUCAGCAACCAACUGAAAAACAUAGAUAUUUAGCUGAGUUUCCUUUGAAAAUGAACGUGCCUAAUCAAAAGCUUGAGGGAAAUUCUACUUCUGCAAAGUCCGACACUUCUCUGUCAAACACGAAUAUGGAAAUAUUAAAAAAAGAAAGCAUUAAAGUGAGGAACUACAAGACAUUCAAUACAAACCAAACAAGAUGUGAUAAAGUAAAAAGCUGGAGACCACAAAGAAGCGAUACAAUGAUAGGAAGAUUUCCAAAAGAAACUAUACAUAUGAACGCCUAAAAUGUAACCAACGGAUUUGUACAUUGUUCAUAUACAAAUAUCGCAAACGUAACUACAUAAAACACUACACUACAAUUAACAUUUACACAUUGUAGGUGUAGUCUUGUAGUUUGCGUCUGAGUAAGGGGGAAAGGCUGAAAAGGAAUAUACUUAAAAUACAAAUAGUCAACAUUAAAGGACUUAAGCACAAAAACGGUAUUAAAACAACAUUUUGCUUGUUAAUAAACUUUCAAAUACUUUUAAA